UGUUAGCUGUUGCCUUUAAAACUUUACUAAUUAGAGAAGACGAUCAUAAUCUUUGAUUCCUACUUUCAUGUUUGUCUUCAUGUCCAUCUAAUUUUAACAUUUGUACCUAACAGCCUAGUAAAUUUAUAAUUAAACAACUUGAUGCUCGUAAAAUCGGAAAAAGCUCGUAAAGAGACGUGUUUCUGAGACAGACUCUUGACAGUUACGAGGUCAAUAUUUUUAUUUUAAUAUCUUCACGUCCAAGCUUUUUUUAUUAGCACACAUUAUUGGUGUUUAGAUUUUAUCAGACAGACAGUACCUAUCGAAACAAUAUUUUCAUAAAAUGGCUAUCGACUAUCGGUUGUUUAUCAUUGUGUACCUACAUUAUUGAAAGUUAUUUAUUAGCACUAUAUCAGUCGAUUGUUUAAGCAGUGGCUACUCAUAUAGAUAGGAAAAACAAACCUAUCUUUACGUAAUAAUCGAGGUCGGCCCGCGCGCUCUCGGAUAGCGCUCUAUUCGACAUACCUACGUCGGGCCACCCGCCCGCCACCCACUACUGACGCAGCCAACAACCGCACUCCGCAGUCUAAUUGAAAUCAUUCUGUGUAUAAUACAUAUACACCGCGCUAGACUGGCUUACCGGACGCCGCACGUCGCGUCGUUUAUCUUUCAACGAGUAAAAUAGAUUGCUACGGACUAAACUUUGAUAAGUGUGCAACAUGGCAGAAAAACAAUAUAUCUUGGGCAUGGACAUUGGCACUACUUCGGUAAAAGUAUGUGUUUAUGAUCCAUCUACAAAAGAGUUGGUGGCAAAACAAAAUAAGGAUACGGCAGCUAAUAUACCAAGUGAUCAGGGCAUCGAGGGUAACAAGCAGGAUGUUCCAAAAAUAGUAUCAGCAGUCCACUAUUGUGUCUCAAGACUUCCGAGAGAUGUCCUACGACAUGUUACAAAAAUUGGUGUUUGUGGUCAAAUGCACGGAGUUUUGCUAUGGAAAAACAGAGCAUGGGAGAAAGUUGAAAAAGAAAAUGUUGUAAUUCGUUUUGAAGCUACAAGAGAAAAUAUGUCAGCACUUUACACAUGGCAAGAUACAAGAUGCAAGCCAGAGUUUCUAGAUUCUUUACCAAAACCCAAUUCACACCUGAAAUGUUAUUCUGGUUAUGGAUGUGCUACAUUGUUGUGGAUGCUUAAGCACAAGCCAGACAAACUGAAGAACUUUAACUAUGCUGGAACAGUUCAAGACUUUGUGGUGGCUAUGCUUUGCGAUUUGGAAACACCAAUAAUGUCUGACCAAAAUGCUGCUAGUUGGGGGUAUUUUAAUACUGAGGAUAAUAAGUGGAACAGCGAAAUAUUACAGUCAAUUGACUUUCCUGUCGGACUUCUUCCAAAUGUUGUCAAAAGUGGCCAAUUAGCUGGAAAACUUAGCAGUUCUUGGAAUGGCAUACCAGAGGGUACACCAGUUGGUGCCGCACUCGGCGACCUUCAGUGUUCGAUUUUAGCUACUUUAGAGAACCAACAAGAUGCCGUAUUAAAUAUUUCAACCUCAGCACAACUUGCGUUCGUGGUUAAGGGAAUUACAGAUUUAGGGUGUGCCACUGUCGAACAUUUACCGUAUUUUAAUAAUAACAAUUUAGUGGUAGCUGCCUCUAUAAACGGCGGGAAUGUGCUGGCUACAUUCGUAAAAAUGUUACAGCAAUGGAUGCUGGAGUUCAGUUUUCCUAUUCCUCAAUCCAAAGUAUGGGAAAAACUUAUUGCAUUAGGUUUAGAAGCACCACCAACAUCAACUAUGAGAAUUAUUCCUCAUUUGUUAGGCGAAAGACAUAGCCCAACUGCUAAGGCAGCAGUGGAAAAUAUAGACUUAUCUAAUAUUCAGUUAGGUCAUGUAUUCAGGGCUCUCUGUGAUGGUUUAAUUGAAAAUCUACAUGUUAUGAUGCCAAAAGAAAUUCUAAACAAUGCUAAAAUUAAAAGGAUUGUUGGGAAUGGCUCAGGAUUGUCCAGAAAUCCGGUUUUACAAAGAGCUGUAGAACAUUACUACAGUUUACCUCUAGAAUUCACUUCAGGAGGUGAUGCUGCUAAAGGAGCUGCUAUAGCAGUUGCAUAACUUAGCAGCAAAAUGAACACAGAAUAAGAAAUAUUGUACCUAGUGCAUAGACAAGCACAAGCCCAAUUAAAUAAGUACCUACCUACUUUUAAUUUAAAUAAGAUAAAACGUUACCAUUGUGGAACUUGUCAAUUCACAAACCAUUAGGCUGCCUUUACCACACAAUAAUAUUUCAAAGUAAGAGUUAAGGAUUAGGUAAGUAGGUUAUAGAUUUUAUUGUUAUUGUUAUCCAAUACAUUAGUAGUUAUAAAAUUGAUGAUAUGCAUAGGCUUUAAAAAAACUAUAAAAUAGUUGUGACCAACAUAUUAAUGAAAAUCAUUAAAAAACAUAAGAUAUUAGGUCAGGAGUCAUUGAAAACAAACAAGCAUGAUACAUAAGAUUCACAUGGGAUGGGACUGCUCAGAGGAAGUGAGAUAUAAAAUCAAUUAUAUGAAUGUAGACCAAUGACUUGAGCUUUAAAAAAGCUUUUUUAAUCGGUACCAUGUAAGCACUUUUAUCUACUUAUAUCAUUUGUGAUAUAUAUAAACGUUAAUAUAGCCAUAUUAUACUAACAUUAUGAAAUA